ACAACAACAAGCUGCACUGGCAGCAAACGCAAAUCAAACAGGAACUUUAGCGCAACUCCUCAGCAAUCUAUUAUGUUUAGGAAAUUUGCAGUGCUAUUGGUAAUUGGUUCGAUUUGUUGCUUCAUCUAUGGCGUCGGCCAUAUCUACGUGGAGGUGGAGGAAAAUGCCUGUCGCAUGACUUACAUGUUUGGCGAGCCCAGGUUUGCGCCCGUGCGAUUUGGUGCCAACAAACAAUUUCCUAACUAUGGCCUAUAUUAUUACUAUGAGGGCGUACGCAAGCCGUUGGAUCCUCUUAAGAUGCGCAUGACGGGCGCACCCGUCAUCUUUGUGCCCGGCAAUGCUGGCUCCUACAAACAAGUUCGCUCGCUUGCAUCCGUUGCGUUGCGCAAGGCAUUGCACAGUGAUUCGGGCAUACAUUUGGACUACUACACCAUAGACUACGAUGAGGAGCUGUCCGGGUUGUAUGGGGGCUAUUUGUACCAUCAGCAAGCGUUUUUGAAGCACUGCAUCCGUACGGUCCUCUCACUGUAUCGUAGUCGCAACAACAAUCCCUCUAUUGUGCUUAUCGGGCACUCCAUGGGCGGCAAAGUAGCACAAUCUGUGCUGACCGAUGUUGAGCUCUCUCAGCACAUAAAUACCAUCAUAAGCAUCGCCACUCCGUUGGAUCAGCCAGUGCUCAAUUUAGACUCACGUAUAGCCCAGUUCUAUACCCAGACAAAUGCGUUGCUGGUCCAAAGCCGGACGGCUACACGUCCGACGGCUGAAACAAAUGUUUGCAAUAGCCUGUAUCAGAAGCCGCUCAGCGAGCAGGAGAGGGCACGGAACACUCUUUCACCACGUCUGGACAAUGUGCUGCUCAUAUCGACGGGUGGCGGCAACCGGGAUCUACUCGUGCGCUCUGGUCUUACAUCCUCACAGUUCAACGACAUUCAUGCUAUGACGUCAGCUAUUCCAAAGGUCAGCGUCAGUUGUGAUCAUUUGUCGGCUGUCUGGUGUCUACAGUUCAUGCAGGUCAUAAAUCGCUUCCUGUUCAGCAUUUCGCAUGUGCGUGACGACCACUCGGUGGUGUUUAGUGGUAACAAACAGCGUAACCUGCAAUCGGCGACGGCACAUUUUGUGAAGUCGCGAUAUCAAUCACGCAGCAGUGUCAUGCAUUUCAAGAGUUUGCAAAAUUGGAAUGAGGAACGACGUCUGGUAAUCAACAAAUAUUUUGCCAAUGGCUUAAAGGCGCAUUACCAUGAGCUGAUUAGCAUAUUGCGUCAGGAACGGUAUAAGAAACUGGCCAUUGAGGUGCUUAAUGUGGAUGAUGAUGACUGGCUCUUUGGCUGUGAGGCCAAGACACACAACGAGACCGGAAAGCUCUUUUGCACCAAAGGCACACCAUUGACGCAUCUUAUACAGCGCUUGCCCAAUGGAGGGCGCGAGGCACGUAACGUUGCUAUUCUGGAUUUGAACAAUCUGCGAAAGACCUAUCGGCAGUGGACACACGUGCUGAUACGCCUUCCGCCAAGCAGCAAACGCAUCGGCUUUAAUAUGGAUAUCUAUGAUCCCAUUGAUCGUACCAUUGAUAUACGCAUGCCGCGUUGGUACACAUUCGGACAGAAGGCCGCGAUUAAUGAGACGUUGCAGGGGACGCUGCACUACAGACUCCGAAUAGCUGAACUUAUCGAGCCUUUCCAAGGACUACGUGUUCGCAUUCAACCACUGCAGUGCCUGCAUCCCGAUUAUCGUAUUACUACUAGACUCUGUGUGCCCUGGGCUGCGGGCUUCGAGCGAUAUCAAACGCUAACCGCUCCCGACCAGAAACCAGGCCUUUAUAUUAAUGUGCCACUCGUAAUACCAAGGCAUUACAAUACAACAUUAAAUCCGUUGGUGCUAGACAUAUAUUUAGAUCCCAAUUGUCGUUAUCAUGUGACUUAUGAAUACUCAUAUGCUGAUGCUUUGGCACGCCUUGUAUUGGAAUUCUACGGCUGGUUGCCUGCCCAUCUAGCUUGUGUGCUCUUCAUUGUGAUGAAGAAUCAAGUGGAUAAGUUUCAGAUGCGUGGCACAUUCAAGAGUUUGAAAGCCUACAUUGGUUACUUUCAAUUUUCAUCGCUCUAUAUUGUCACCGGUUGCCGACUCCUCAAGAAGGUUGUGCUGACUACUCGCAUAUUGCCGUUGCCAGAAGCUCCCGACUACAGCAUCAAUAUAUCAAUUAUUAUACAUUGUGCCGCCAUUGCGCUUUCCAUAAUGGCCGCCUUCGGGGUCUGGAUCGCACUUACCUUAUAUGGCAAUGUAUUCUAUAGGAUUGCCUUGCGCGUGACGCGACUCUCGCAAGCUACAUCGAACGUUUUGAUUUCCGUUAUGACCCACUUACCCAUUACAUUUGGUAUACUGACUAUAGCUGUGGCUCUUGGCUCGUGCAGCGGCAUCGCAUUGAUUGUGGCAUUCAUCUUUUAUUUUUUAAUGCUCUCCAAUGCAUACAAGGAUUAUCUAGAGGACUACCUGUGGCAGAAGGCAGCAAACUUAUUGAAUCUGGGCGGAUCUGGCGGCGGCUCAAAUGAAAAUGGGGAAACGACAGCCCAGACGACUGAGACAAGCAACGAAGGCAGAGCUCAACAGGAACAAGGUCCAGCUAUCUCCAAAAACCAGACAGAGAAUGAUGGGCUCGCUACUUCUGAUCGCAACGAAAUCGCGGAUGGUGAUGAUGAGACAGAAAACGAUGAUAACGAUGAUAGCAAUGAAACAAAUACAGAUGAAGAGGAAGAAGCUGCAAGAGCAGCCAAAAAAAAGGCCGAAUCGUCGUCCGACACAGAUGAGCCUUGUUUGGGUCUGCAGAACUUUCCAUUCCAUAUAACAUUGCUGCUUAUGCUAUUUAUUGUGUUGCUACUCAACAUGCCAGCCACACUGGCCUGGGCACGGAGUCGCCGAUACGGCAUUGAUUUGCCCGAUCCGUGCUUGUAUCCCAGUGUUGCAGUGUUGGGCGCGCUUAGCUUGCUCCUGCAGAUGAAGGCGCCUCAGAAAUGCUCUGGCUAUUGGACGAUGUCGGUGGCGUUGUAUCUGUGCUCCGGCAUCUGUUUGCUCUACUGUCAAGCCGCUAUUUAUCGGCUAAAUUUUGUGAUUGCCACCGCAUUUGUGCUGCUAGCUGCCCAUCAGGGACUAUGCAUUAUAUGGCGCGAGGCUACGGCGCGUUUCUGUUGAAGCGUCCAAUUCAAACGAAAAUUAAAUGCCAAAAACUUUAAGGAUAACGAUAAUGAUAACGACGAAAACAGAAACGACCUUGUCAAUGUAAAUGUCAAUGAGAAUGCAAUUUACUAUAAAAGCGUUCGUGAACGUAGUUGUAAGAGUGUGUGGUUGUGCAUGUCCUUAACCCGUUCACGACAGCAGCUAACUGCACAAAGGGCCUGCCUGCACACAAAAAAAAAAGGCCCAAAUGGUCGCUCAGAGUUACUGGAAUUCGCAUGGCCAUGUCGAGAUUUUUAUUUGUUACUUAAUUUUAAUAUUUGUUUACACUAGUCCCAACAUGUAAUUUUUUCAUAUGUAUUUGUUUGUCGAUUUUCAUUUGUUUUUUGUGUGGACAAUACAGAAAUGUAGCCUACCUAUAUAUAGUACAUACAUAAAAGCAUAUACAUGCGCACAUACA